UUUUGGGCGUCAAAUGCAUCCAAGCACGCGCAGCAGCGCCCCCUUUGGUCCAGGAAUAUUACGUUGGAUGCCACAGUGGCAGAAACCAACGAAGAAAAAGUGGCAUUGAAGAAGAACGUCUCGUCGUCGAGCAGCUUUGCUGCACAGGGCAGCGAUGGAUGUUCGACUUCCGCCACACGAGGGCGCCAAGCUGUCGGUGGUGGACAUGCACACGGGCGGCGAGCCUCUCCGCAUCAUCGUGAGCGGCUACCCGGAGGUCAAAGGCCAAACGUUGCUGUCCAAGCGGCGUUACGUGCGGGAGCACCUGGACCACCUGCGGCGAGUGCUGAUGCUGGAGCCGCGGGGUCAUUUCGACAUGUACGGAGCCUUGCUGGUGGCCAGCGAGUUGCCCGACGCCCACCUGGGCGUCUUGUUCAUGCACAACGAGGGCUACAGCACCAUGUGCGGCCACGCCGUAGUGGCCCUGGGACGCUUUGCCGUCGAUUACGGCCUGGCCAAGGAGCCGCGCUCACCCGAGACGCCCGUCAACAUCCACUGCCCGUGCGGGCUGGUCAGGGCCUUCGUCGAGUACACCGACCAAGGCAAAACGGGCGCCGUGAGGUUCCUCAGCGUGCCGGCCUUUGUCUUCGCCACGGACGUGACUGUGGCGGUGGAAGGCUUCGGCGACGUCACGGUGGACAUCAGUUACGGAGGAGCAUUUUACGCCUUUGUGGAUGCGCGACGCUUUGACCUGGAUGUGAGGGAGUCCCGGACCAGAGAUCUGGUGGACGCCGCCACAGCCGUUACCAAAGCUGUCAAAUCGCAGGUGAAGCUGCGCCACCCGGUGAGCGACGACCUGGCCUUCCUGUACGGCACCAUCCUCACCGACGGCAAAGAUGAAUUCUCCUCCGACGCCACCGCCAAUGUCUGCGUGUUUGCCGAAGCGCAGGUGGACCGCAGCCCAACGGGAUCCGGGGUGACGGCGCGAGUGGCCCUCCAGUACCACAAAGGUCAGAUCGGGUUGAACCAGUCAAGGACGUUCCAGAGCGGCGCCACGGGAUCGCAGUUCACCGGCAAAGCCGUGGAGGAGAGCACGUGCGGCGACUUCAAGGCGGUGGUGGUGGAGGUGGCCGGCAGAGCUUUUUACACGGGAGCGUCUUGUUUUGUGCAGGAGGCGGCGGAUCAGCUGAAAGGUGGCUUUCUGCUCAAGUGAGCUAGCCUGGCUUGCCACACGUCCGUCGCAUUGGUUCAAAUACAGCCGUGACGUCGCGGCGCAUGUUGACCUUGUGACCCGCAAACCGGAGCUCUAUCGAGCGUCUCGUAUGUUUUCUAUUCAAUGAAUAAAAGCGCAAAUAUUGGUU